AGAGAGACAUUCACUCACUCUCUAACUCACUCACUCACUCAUUGUAAUCUUCAAUAUCCAAGUUACCGUGUAUGUAAUGAUGUGUGUAAUAAUAAACCUAUUAGUCACACACACACACACACACACACACACACACACGGCUCAUAACGCUAACUCGCCCUAGUUCUCCCGGAAACUGUUAAACUUUCCCCCUCGCCGUGACCCAGAGGGAAGGAGGAGGAGGAAAGCAAGAAGAUGUGGGAGUAGGAAACAGGAACGAAGAGAAGGAAAGGAAAGGAUAUGAUAACGAAAUCAAGGAGGAAGAAGGAGAGGAAAAUAAAGGACGAAUGUGUGGAGGAAAGCAGGAAGGCAGAGGAAGGAAGGAUAUGAUAAUGAAGUUGAGGAGGAGGAAGAGAAGGAAAGUAAAGAAAGGAGGUAGGGAAAGUGAAACAGAAAAGAAAACGAAGGAAAGAAAAAUGUGAUAAUAAAGUCGAGAAGAAGGAGGAAAGUAAAGAAAAGAGGUGGGGGAAGAGAAACAGGAAAGAAAACGAUGGAAGAAAAAAGAUGUGAUAAUAAAAGAAAGAGGUAGGGCAAGAGAAACAGGAAAGAAAACGAUGAAAGAAAAAGAUAUGAUAAUAAAAGAGAAUUAAAAGAAUGGCCAAUAAGGAGAAGGAGAAAAAAAAGUAUGGAGGAGGUGGAAACAGGAGAGAAGGAAGAGGAUGAAGAAAGGUGAUAAUGAAACCGAGGAAUAGGGAAUGAGACAGUAAAAAAGAAAGAAAUCAUGGCCAGUAAAGGAGGAGGAAGGGAAAACAGGAGAAAGAAGAGAAGAGAGGAGGGGGAGGGGAAUGAUAACGGUAACAGAGGAAGAACAGAGAAAGUAAAGAAGAGAAUUUGUCAUUAUUUUUUUUUAUCUCUCUUUUACCUCUUCAUUCUUCAUUUUCUUUCCUCUCUUUGCAUUUUCGUUUCACCUUACAUCCCUUUAUCACCCUCAUUCCCAUUUCCAUCCCCAUUCCUAUAUAUAUACAUUCCGUCAUUCCCUUCCCUCACCCCUCAAAGGUUCCCCUCACAGCGUUUUCCCUCCCCCCGUGACCCUCGCUUAGGAGAAAUCUCGCUCAUUCAGACGACAUCUCACUCAGGCAGGCAGCGAGGCGGCCCUUCCUCGCGACAGUGAACGAGACUGCGCCUGCGUGGAAUUGGCUGACGGGGCUAACCACUCAUUUGUUCCGUACUACUGCUGGGGAGGAGGGAGAGAGAGGGGUGGAGGAAGGAAGAGAGAGAGAGAGAGAGAGGGGCAGGUUACGGAGGGAUGGAGGAAGGUGGAGAGAAGGAGGGGCAGGUGCAAAAGGUAUAUCAAGGUGUGAUGUGGCCAGGUGAGGUUAGAUUGUCUUUAGCUCUCGUAGGAAGCGUAGAGAGAGAGAGAAAGAGAGAGAGAGAGAGAGAGAGAGAGAGAGCUUUAUUCGCAGUAUAGUAAGGUGAUCGAAGAGACUGUCCCUUUCCACCAGGGUCCGACGGGGAUAAGAUAUUAAAUGAUGUUUGUGUGAGUGUGCGGUGCCUUGUCUGGGCGGCCCCGAGUGGGACUGCUGGCCUGGUAUAGAGGUAGAGUAACGUGUGUGAAAGAUUAAAUGGCCUGCUUGCGUGGGUGAAGUAGGAAAACAGCCAUAAAGUAAUAGAUAUAGGAGUAGAAGUAUACGUAGCGUGUGAAGGAGGUAGUGAAGGAGAAGAGGAUACGGUGGGACAGGGCAAAGUAGGGCAGUGAAGGGCAGCGUAAGGCAGGGUAGGGCAAGGUCGCUAGGGUGGCUGUGGAUCAGGCUGCCCUCUCUCCCAGGCAUCCCUCCUCCGUGAUGGCACUCCUUCCUCGCCUGUCAGUCCUCCUCCUUGUGUAUAUCGCCCUGCCUGGCGCCGCCUUCUUCAAGACUGGCAUCAAGGUGGGCAUUAACUUAGGGGCCAGCAGCUCGCCGCCUGCCCCUCACCACCUGCACUACUGCACCGCCAAGAAGGAGCAGCUCCUCAAAAACCUCUACGUGGACUACUUCCAAUCUGCGGGGCCCUGCGUGGCUCCUGACGGGGCCAAGCUGUACCCUUUCAAGAGCACGCAUCGGGGAGGUUCUGAGGGGCCUACUGUGUGUGCCAAGCUGCCGCGCCUCUGUCAACUACUGGGGAAGUCAAGCUACAGAGGGCGGAGCAUCCUGGAGGCGGGACAGACCAUGAUGAAGACACUGCGGACCAACAUGAGGAGCCUCUACCAGAUGUUGACAGGACGAGACUCACCGACAGCCUUCCACUCGGACCCCCGCAGCGGCAUCCUUCAUUCGUCCUACUCCGACUACGCUCCUUCUUCUCACGCUGCCUGCGACCACGGCGGGUGUGACGAGGGCGGGGGCGUAGCGGUGUGUGAGAGCGUGGAGGACCUGGUGUUCCCUAUGGUGGGUCGCUCGGCCCUCACCAAUACCACUGUCACCGUGCUGCAGGCCUUCCCCGACCUGGUGCAACCCGUCUUCUUCAGGCGCUGCAGGAACCGGCAGGCGCAAGUGGUGUACGGGGAGUGUCAGCAGCAGUACCUCCCCGUCAGCCUACUGGUGGCGCCGCCUUACCCCGGGGCGGUGCUGGCUCACGACUUUGUGUUGGUGGAGUCCGGGUGUCAUGUGGCGGCGCACGUGGCGCAGCACUACGGGGAGACGCAGCCGCGGCAGGCCCAGCGAGACACCCCGGAGGAUGUGGGCUCUGUGUCCUUCAGGGAGAGUGACCGCAGGCUGUUUUGAGGCCAAGGACCGCGUGACAACAGUUCCGCGGCAAGUGUUUGUGUGCGAGACUGGUGAAACGGUGGUGGUGGUGGUGGUGGUGCGUGGCAAAAUGGGGUUUGCAGUGCAUGUCAGCAUGGCUUCACUCGGCCACAAACACCCAUAGACAAAGUUAAUAAACCUGCUGAUUUUCUGUUCCUGAGUGUCAGUCUCCACCAGAGCCGGGCCAGCAUGCCAGUGUGUGUGUGGCAGCGAUAAUGUCAUGAAUAGGACUUGAUGCCAUGCUGAGGUGACCUUGUCGGGCACGGUUGUGUCAAAGGACAUCUGCACCGUCGCAGUUUGCUUCAAGCUUCAAAGAAUAUGAAAAUACCCAAGUUUAUGGUACUUAUGCUUAAGUAACUACGUAGCAGCUGAAGUACCCAAGAUUAUUAGCUGGCUAAGUACAUACGGUAGUUAUUAAACUGUACAUUUAUAACCUUGUGCAUGUUUAAGGUAAAUCCUUGUUUAUCCUUCUAUUGGUGACAAAGUUUUUAGCUCUACAAAUUCUGAAAAGAGAUAAUAUAU